AUGACAAUACGUCAAGAGCAGGUGGCCUUAACGACUUCAGAUGAAGAAAUGCCAUGGAACAAAAGAAGUAUGUGCUGGAGAGGACAGAAUAAUUUUGACUUGAAGACAGACGGCUCACAGGUGUAUGUCUUCAGCAGCUGCAUCUUGUCAUCAAAUUCUGGUGAGAAACCCUACAGACGUGAAGAGUGUGGCAAGUCCUUUAUUCAAAUGUCACAUCUGAGAGCACAUCAACGAAUACAUAUUGGAGAGAAACCCUACAGAUGUGAAGAAUGUGGCAUGUACUUUAGUCAAAUGUCACAUCUGAGAGUACAUCAGCGAAUACAUACUGGAGAGAAACCCUACAGAUGUGAAGAAUGUGGCAAGUCCUUUAGUCACAUGUCAAGUCUUAGAGCACAUCAGCAAACACAUUUGGGAGAGAAACCUUACAAAUGUGAAGAAUGUGGAAAGUCCUUUAGAUUUAAGUCUGGUCUUAGAACACAUCAGCGAAUACAUACUGGA